UGCGCGAGCGAGCGGCCGCUCUUCGUCGUUAAAGGGGCCGGCGCUCCAUCAGUCACAGCAGCGGAAGCGGCGGCGUUGUUGUUGUUGUUGUUGUUGACGACGACGACGGUCCCGGUCCCCCGCUCCCCGGCCUCUGGUGAUGGCCGGUGUGUCGCAGAGGGAGGCCCGGAAAGCGGCUGAUCGGCGGCAGAAGCGCGCCCUGGAGGAGCAGAGCGCCCGGAGCAAACUGGUCUCCCGAAUCCUUAAAAAGCCAGAGGAAUUGCGGACAAAGGAGGACCUCGCUGUGCUGGCGGGCUGUGUGGAUACCGUGCAGGCCAUGGAAAAGCGAAAGCAGAAAAGAGAGGCACAGAAGAGGAAACUGGAAGAGGUUCUAGACGAACCCGAUGAACUAAAGAAGAAAAUAAAACUAUUGGUGACAGCUGUUCAGGAAGCCCGCUACCUGGUGAUCUAUUCGGGGGCAGGAAUCAGCACGGCAGCAUCAAUCCCGGAUUACAGAGGCCCCAAUGGUGUGUGGACAUCACUGCAGAGUGGGAGGGCAGUGAGCGCAACAGACCUGAGCGAGGCAGAGCCUACCUUGACUCAUAUGUGCAUCGCACAACUUUACAAAGAAAAGCUGGUGCAACAUGUGGUUUCUCAGAACUGCGAUGGAUUACACUUACGCAGCAGUUUACCCAGGAAGGCACUUUCUGAACUACAUGGAAAUAUGUACAUAGAGGUUUGCACGUACUGCACCCCCAACCAAGAAUACGUCCGCCUGUUCGAUGUGACGGAGCGCACCUCACUGCACAGGCACAGUACAGGCAGAAGGUGCCACAAGUGUGCCAAUGAAAUGCGAGACACCAUCGUACACUUCGGGGAAAAGGGGACUUUGGAACAACCGCUCAACUGGAAGGGAGCAGCUGAGGCAGCCAAAAAAGCCGACGUGAUCAUUUGUCUCGGUUCCAGCUUAAAGGUUCUUAAGAAAUACCCGUGUCUGUGGUGCAUGAACAGAGCGCCACACAAAAGACCAAAGCUGUACAUAGUAAACCUACAGUGGACACCAAAGGAUGAUUUCGCUACACUGAAGAUUCAUGCAAAAUGUGAUGACGUCAUGAAGUUGAUAAUGGAAGAACAAGGCAUUGAAAUUCCCAGCUAUGACAGGUUCAAGGAUCCUAUUUUCAGUCUGGCAACUCAGCUGAGACCAGAUGAGGAAGGAAGUCACACUCGCAAAAUACUCGCAAAGGACAACUCAGGGAGUGUGGGCACCAUCUUGUCUGGUGGAUGGUACGGUAAAGGCUGUGCGAAAGGCAGAAGAAGAAAAAAGAUCACCGCAUAGCCAAGAGCCAUGGGUCACUGCGAUUGUUGUCGUUGUUUACAGUUUUCUUGUUAUUUUUUUCUUCCAUUAGAUUGCUGCAAGCAUCUGGUAUCACUUCUGUUCUGUACUGAGGUAACAAGGUGCAUGUGAAUGAUGCAUAGACACAUACCCCUUGGGGGUUAACGCAAUAACUCCCCAAAACUCCCAUUGUCCAGCUACCAGGCUCUCAUUUGAGCUAAUCUGUCAUUGUGUCUGUCCGAAGAAAUUAUAUAUAAUUGACGAAAGAUUAUAGACCUGAAAUGUUAAUUCAUUUUCCUCUCCAUGGAUGCUGCCUGACCUGCUGUGUGUUCCCAGCGACUUCUGUGUUUAUACCAGAUUUUCAGCAUCUGCAGUACAUUAUGCCCUAAGAAAUUAUUAGUUUGACAACUGAAUUUCAGAUGUUAGAAGCUCAAAAAUAUAUGAUUGAAAUAUGGCACAUAUUUGUUUGAAUGUUGCAGGGAUGAACCCUCUGAAUACCCUAAAAUGCUUUCAACUUACAACCUUACCUACCAGUCUAUCAAAAACAAAGUUUGAAUUAAAAUAGCUUUUGAGUAUAUUUUGCACUAAUAGAUUUUUCAACUUACAAUGAAUGACAUUUGUUUACCUUUCUUACACAUUUGAAACCAGUACUUGAAUUAUUUUGAAACCGCCUAGAAAUUACAACACAGGGAUUUUUCUAAAAACUCAAGUUUCUACUUUCACUAAGAUCUAUCUAUAAUAAUAAUAGAUCUAUCUAUCGUUGGAACACCUCCAGCUUUUUAACUUGUGUUUUUUAACGACUGUCUGACAAAAUAGGCUAGCUAUAGAUUGGUCUUGAAAUGAUCCCUUGUGUGCAACCACAAUACCUUAGUUUGGAGGAGCCAGAAUAAGGCCACCUCUGGUCACUUCCAUUCACAGGCUUUGUGAAACAAUUGAAUAACACGGAGCUUUGCAUGACGCAAACAUAAUCGUCAGUUACUGUGAGUUCAGUGCAAGUGCAUUGGCAACUUGCUUUCCCCAGUGGAAUUCAUACAUUUGAAGUGCAUUCCAUCCCAAAUCUUCAAACACAACCCAUUGUUUCAGGAUCGAUCUAUUAGCCAUAAGCACACCCCUAAUUCACAUGGCUUCUCUAUCAAUACAGUUUAAAAUCAUGUAAAGGGAAUGUUUAAAACGGGUAUUUGGGUACUUCUUUGGUUACGGAGGGUGGUUUGAGUGGCAGUUUGUGGUAGGUUUAUUUUUAAUAUAUUUUUUCACUGAUUUGUUUUGCAUUUUGAAGAGAAGCUGUUGUUUUGACCAGAUUGAGAAUUUAUUUUUCCACGUGCUUCAGUAGUUUCAAAAAUUCUAGUGGACAUUUAGCUUUAGGGUUUGUUUUUUUGCAUCUCAAUGUAAGUGAAUCCAGCCCAAGGAAGUUUGAUGAUGCUUACCUCUCAAUGAUGAUGAUUGUCAGGUUGAAAUCUGACGUGUUUUGAGAGGUUUCAGGACAAGGACGAGACAAUUUUGUGUUAGGGAUUUUUUUUUCGCUCCAGAUCCGGGAGCAAAGUAGAAUUGGAUGAAUCCUUAAUAAUUCCCACUAUUAUCAUUCUCGAGAUGAGCCAUUUGCAUUGCUAAGAGAUGUGCAGUCAAAAACGUGUUCGCACCUCGCCUGCACCAGCAGCCUAGACUUUUUAAAGCUGGAUAAACAGUGGAGUUUGGAAAAGUGUGUUUGGAAAUUCAGCACCUGGUUCAUUCUCUUCCAGUGAGCCAGCAGUUGGUAUUGCUUCAAUGACUAUGUUACAAAUGCUGCAAUUCGCAAUUAACUUUGCACCCCAUUUUACCCCCCGCCCUGCCCCGUGUGCUGCUGUGGGAACACGGAUACACAAUUGGUGAGUGAAUUCUGGAGAACAGCCCAUCUGUGGUUGCACUUUAUUUGAUAUAAGUUGUUGAUCAUUUUACCACGGGAACUGUAAUUAUUUUUUAUAUUAAAAAAAAUAAAGUCUAAA